CUCUCUCUCUCUCUCUCUCUCUCUCUCUCUCUCUCUCUCUCUCUCUCUCUCUCUCUCUCUCUCUCUCUCUCUCUCUCUCUCUCUCUCUCUCUCUCUCUCUCUUAGUGGAUACAGUGCGUUCCCGUGUGCGCACUAACAGAACUGGAGUUUAUCUUCUCAGUAAAGACGGCAAAAUGCGGGAUGUGACCCUCUGGGAUCUCUGCUUCAGGUACUAAACUGACUCCUCUUCAUGUGUGAUCAUACACCAUUCCCUGUGUCCAGUUCAUGGCUCUCCCGUGCCUCUGACACUCCCUCAUAAACCAUUAAACUGCUCGCCUGCUCUCGCUUUGUCUCUGUGUAACCAUGUCAUCUGCAGUUCGAGCCCUGUUGCUUGUGCUGCUAGGAGCCGGAGUCCUGUUGUCCAGUGGCGACUCUCCUCGCCGAGAAAUUAAGAUAGACGGAGACCUGGUUCUGGGAGGCCUCUUUCCCAUUCAUGAGAAGGGCCUGGGCAUGGAUGAGUGUGGGCGCAUCAAUGAGGACCGGGGCAUUCAGCGUUUAGAAGCCAUGCUCUUUGCCAUUGACCAGAUCAACCGAGACGUUAGUCUGCUGCCCGGUGUGUCACUGGGUGUCCACAUUCUGGACACAUGCUCCAGGGACACGUAUGCACUAGAGCAAGCACUAGAGUUCGUCAGAGCAUCGCUGACCAAGGUGGACGACACCGAGUUUAUCUGUCCUGAUGGUUCAUAUGCGUUUCAGGAGGACAGCCCAUUGGCUAUUGCUGGAGUCAUUGGAGGUUCCUACAGCAGCGUCUCCAUACAGGUUGCAAACUUGUUGCGCCUGUUCCAGAUCCCUCAGAUAAGCUACGCAUCUACGAGUGCCAAGUUGAGUGACAAAUCACGCUACGACUAUUUCGCUCGCACUGUCCCUCCGGAUUUCUACCAAGCAAAGGCAAUGGCUGAGAUCCUACGUGCCUUCAACUGGACAUAUGUCUCUACAGUGGCAUCCGAGGGUGAUUAUGGCGAGACAGGAAUCGAGGCCUUCGAGCAGGAGGCACGUUUGCGCAACAUAUGCAUUGCUACAUCAGAAAAGGUGGGUCGCUCCAAUGCAAAACGCUCUUCAUAUGAAGCAGUAGUGCGCCAGCUUCUUCAGAAACCCAACGCCCGUGUGGUCGUGCUGUUCCUGCGCAGUGAUGAUGCCCGAGAGCUGUUAGGCGCUGCCACCCGCCUCAAUGCCUCCUUCCUCUGGGUGGCCAGCGAUGGCUGGGGGGCGCAGGAGAGCAUCAUCAAAGGAAACGAGUUCACAGCAGAUGGCGCGAUCACGUUAGAACUCGCAGCACAUCCCAUACUCGAGUUCAACCGCUACUUCCAAAGCCUCAGUCCUCUUAACAAUCACCGGAACCCGUGGUACAGAGACUUCUGGGAACAGAAGUUCCAAUGCUCUUUGAGCACAACCUCACAGGCAGGGGCAGGAACUGCGAAACCACCCUGUGACCCAAAGCUGGCGGUGGAUGAUUCGAACUUCGAGCCUGAGUCGAAGAUCAUGUUUGUGGUGAACGCAGUGUACGCUAUGGCACAUGCAUUACACCGUAUGCAGAGGACGCUGUGCGCUAAUACCACACGCCUGUGUGAUGCCAUGCGCAGUCUCGAUGGCAAGAGGCUCUACCGGGACUUCCUGCUUCACGUCAACUUCAAAGCUCCACUCUCCCCUCCUGGCUCAGAAAACACGGUAAAGUUUGAUCAAUAUGGAGAUGGCAUUGGCCGAUAUAACAUCUUCAACUACCAACGAAUGCCCGGUAACGACCGGUUUGGCUACAUCCAUGUUGGUGAAUGGGCAGAAACACUUUCUCUUUACGAGUACCUGAUUGGCUGGCCACGUGGUACAGGUGUUCCCACCUCACAAUGCAGUGACCCAUGUGCUCCAAAUGAGAUGAAGAAGAUGCAAGCAGGCGAGUACUGCUGCUGGAUCUGCACACCUUGCGAGCCCUAUGAAUAUCUGCCGGAUGAAUUCACUUGCGCACCCUGUGCCCUGGGCCAGUGGCCUCGGGCAGACCUGAGUGGUUGCUACGACUUGCCUGAGGACUACAUCAUGUGGGAGGAUGCCUGGGCUAUUGGGCCUGUCUCCAUCGCUUGCGUGGGCUUCAUUUGUACUUCACUGGUCUUCACCGUAUUUAUCCGCCAUAAUGAAACACCACUGGUCAAGGCCUCUGGCCGGGAGCUGUGCUACAUCCUGCUACUUGGAGUCCUCAUGUCCUACUCCAUGACUUUUGUCUUUAUUGCCAAGCCUUCGCCGGCCGUGUGUGCAUUGCGGCGUCUCGGCCUUGGAACCUCCUUCGCAGUCUGCUACUCUGCAUUGCUGACGAAGACCAACCGCAUCGCCCGCAUCUUCAGUGGUGUGAAAGAUGGUGGUGUACAGCGGCCACGCUUUAUCAGCCCUAGCUCACAGGUAUUCAUCUGUCUGGCACUUAUCUCUGUCCAGCUUCUGCUUGUGUCUCUGUGGCUGCUGCUGGAGUUACCUGGCACUCGGCGCUUCACACUGCCUGAGAAGCGUCAGACGGUCAUUCUCAAAUGCAAUGUCCGGGAUUCCAGCAUGCUGUUGUCUCUCAGCUACGAUGUUGUUCUGGUGGUGCUCUGCACUGUCUACGCCUUCAAGACCCGCAAGUGCCCUGAGAACUUCAACGAGGCCAAGUUCAUCGGCUUCACCAUGUAUACCACGUGUAUCAUUUGGCUUGCCUUCCUGCCCAUCUUCUAUGUCACAUCUAGUGACUACAGGGUUCAGACCACCACAAUGUGUAUAUCGGUGAGUCUCAGUGGUUUUGUGGUACUGGGCUGCAUGUUUGCUCCUAAAGUCCACAUCAUCAUGUUCCAACCCCAGAAAAACGUAACCAGUCACCGGCUCAACCUGAACCGCUUCAGCGUCAGUGGUCCUCCUGCUACCUAUGCGUCACACGGUGAGGAGCCAUCAAAGACUUCUAUUGCCCAUCUGUGAGUGGCCACUGUGUUCCGACGGUGUGUAAUGGCAGAGAGAUCGUCGACUCCACCACUUCCUCUCUGUGACCCCUCAUCAACGUAUUGCUCUUUAGCGACUGUUAGCCAAUCAGCACACAUUGUGCUCCAUCCAAGAACUCCUCCUGUCCACAGUGUGUAGAAAGUGUGUAUUAUGAUCUCUAUUAUUAUUAUUAAAUUAUUUUAUAGGGCUUGUACAUAUUAACUGAAAUUGUUGUAGAGAAACAGAGGAGCAAAAAAAACAUUUCGACGACGAAAUGUUUCACCAUUGGACUAUGAUGAAUUUAUUACUGAAAGGAAAGUGUUGCGUGGCUACGCCUGCAAUACUGGACAAACCUGGUCGUAUUCUUUUGUAGGCCUCAUUGUAACAAUCUGUUCUGUUUGUAUUUAUAUGUUGUAUAUUUUGUAAAUAAUCUUACUGACGGUUUUAACCGCACAAGGUGAUAGCAUUAUAGGAGUAACAUUGAUGUCGGGAGUGUAACGAGUGGCUGACCAGAGGAUGGAAGUCUCACAGUCCUUUUAGUAAGCAUUCAUAUCGUCCGCUAGUGCUUUUCAUAAACUGCUUCUCACAAAGCAUGCACAAAGUGCUUCUGAUUGUUAAACCCUUACAAACAUGUGGUAUUUCUGCAAUGCAUAAAGUGCUUUGUGAGACAGGAGUGCGUGUAAACGGUGAUCCGGUGUUUAAUGGCUCUUUGUGCCUUAUCAUGUGUUUAGUAGUUUGAUAUGAAAGCUUCCUCUAGACCUUUAGGGGUUGCUGAGCCACUUUUUUUACAUGUGUAUUAUUUUUUACAUCUGACUGUUUUAUACAUUUCUACAUUUUGAAGGAGGGGGUACAUUUUAUGUGACGGGUUGAAAUGUGUAGUCAUAUCACUGGACUUGGCGUGUGUUUAAUCUUGCUUUGGCAGGCAGUCAUCUCAUGUGAUGGUUUACUCAAGUGUCAAGUCAAAGUACAUUUUAAGUUUUACAGUUUUUGAAAUGUAAUGUAAUAACUUGGGGCAAACUGACACAACACUGAUGUAGAAAUGAUGCAUUCAUGAUUUACUGCUGUGACAAUAAGCACAAACAAUGUAAUUCGUAUGGAUUGUUAAAGUAAAAGAAUUUAUUUGCACCCAGGUACGUAUAACUAUUUGCACCCUCAAAUGACAAAAGAAAUAUGCAUACCUGACAGAUUGGGAUGUAACUGAAUCAAACUGGUAUGCACAUUCUUUCAUUAAUCCUUAGGAACUGCCUCGUCAGGGUUGCUGUGGUUUAAAUUAGGCUACUUGUUUGUGAAUAAAUGUCACCUCUCCAGCAAAGGUUGUUUCAUUUAGCUGCUAGGUUUGCUAACAAGUAUUAGGGUGUGCCUCAAUCAGCUCCCUAGUUCACUAGUCAGGGCACUGAUCAGAGAGUCUGCAAUUUUAUGGGCUGUCUCAAUCGCAAAUUCCUUCCAGUGUACUGGAUCGCAAAAUCCCACAAUGCACCACAUAACCAGGGAGCAUCGAUGAGCAAUAUGUUCCCUUACUGGAAAUUAUAUCAUAUAUUCUGAAGCCUCAGCUUGAAAAGAAUGGUAGAUGAACUCUCAGGCAACUUUGUCUACAAAUGUAAGUAGCUUGUUAUCAUUGUUGUAACUCUCAAAUGAUUACUUACGUUAGCGACUUUUAACUUUAUUAGCAUUCUAAAUAUAAUUUAUUUGAGUCUGACGACUUUAAAGGUUUUAAUUUUUUUUUUUAAUGCACUAGCUAGCCUACAAUCCUGCUUGAAGUACCAUGACAGUACCAUGACAGCUAAAAAAUUUAGAUGACAUAUAAUGUCAGAAAGAUAGCGGUCCUUCCUGUUGUUGAUAAAUGCUGAUGACGUUUUACAGCAUGAGUAUGUAGUCAUAUCACCAGAAAUUGUCCCAAUAUGCAGUGAGCCAGGUCCUUACCAGUGCCCGAACUCGUGUACACAAUAUUUUGAUUCAUGACCUAGGGAGCUAGAGAGCUAAUUGAGACACAGCCACAAUCUCAUAUAAUUAAUAUAUUGUGCAAUUAAAACCUUUAAAAAAACAAACAAACAAACAAAAAACAAAGAUAGCUAACAUUAGUCUUAUUAUUGAAUAAACCUGAGGUCAAGUUUGCUAGCAAGUGUUAGCCCUUACACUCCCAGACUGGUGGUGUUAUGGAGACCCAACUAGUGUGCAGAAAGUGGCUUUAAAUAAAUGGGUGCAAAUAGUAUACCUUUAUAUUUUCACCUGGCUACAAAUAGUUUCUGGCUAAAAUCACUACAAUAGUUAUGGGGGGAAAGGGUCAUUUGCCAGAUCAACAACAUGGACUUUGUCUUCCAGUAAGAUAAUACAUGCACACAAAUACUUUUCAGAGAAUACUCAACAAGUUUCAUCUGAACUGUAACCUUUAUUCUAGAACACACGUAAAUGAAUCCACAUUACAAGCUCUGUUGCCCAUUUUACUGUUAAUCUGUACUGUAAAAUAUUCUCUAGAUGCCAGUGUGAACUGGUAAGUGUCGACAAAACAAGAGAGACAUGUAAAGUAAAAUUAGAAGGUUGGAGCUUGAAAUGAAACUACAGGGGACUAUGUGUGUAUGUAGAAGGAAAAAAGUGAAGGAUUAUGGAAAGCAGCUUUUUUUUUUUUUUUUUUUUUAGUGCUCUAGGACCCUCAGCAGUCUGAGGUCUAUCUGCAAUGAAGUUUGUGCCUCACACUCCCAAAAUCUGCAACUCCCUGAUUCUUCCUGCAUGUCACGUUGCUAGCAGAGUCGACAUAUUCUAUAUCAAAAUGAGCAGACAUUUUUUUUAUGGUUGAUGUCAAAGGUUUAAUCACAAGUAAUGCUCUUCUUAUUGUGAGUUGGAUUUGGAUCUGUCAUGGUGAAGGUUUACGUGUGGAUCCAGUGUGCCGGGUGUGGAUUUGAUACAACACUCUUACAGAGGGAUGUUUGUCUUCCUCUGUCUAUCUGUAUGCUCCCAGUUUGUAUACAGUGUAACUUAUUGUUGAGGAACCCUGUGUUGAAUUUUUGAACUCUGGUCAAACACAAAGCAAUAGAACAGUACCCAUGGUGCAGUGUGUGCAAUAACAAGGAUAUGAUGAUAUAAUAAAUAAUAACCUACUGUUGUUGUAAAUCGCUUUUGUGUCAUUUUUUUGUUACAUGCUUACAUAUAGUAUAUAGUAUAUAGGGUGAGGAGUAAUACCCAUACAUAUAUUAUCCAUAAGAUCUCUUUAGAGGUCUUUCCACUGGGCAACGCAAGAGAUUAAGGUGUCUUGCUAUGACAAAAAAGCCAAAAGCUCUUUUUUCAGAAACUUCUUUCAGCUGUGAAUUAUUCUGCUGAUGUCCAGCUGAGUUUCUAAAGUGGCCUGAGCAUUAAAUAUGAGCAAGGAAAAUGGAGAGCAAAUUUUUUUACUGGGGAUUUUUCAGCUGGAAUAAUGCAGUGGAAGUGCUGAAACCUUUGAAAAGCCACCCUUUUAUCAACUACAGCACUUCCUCUCAGGAAAAAGAGGACAGGUGAGCGAGUCUGAGUCAGAGCUAGUGUGUGGUUGGCAAAGGUGUGAGUUUUUGGGUAGAACCUGUGAAUUGCGCUUCCUCUGUUCCUCUGUGGUUUUCUAAUGGACCUUGUGAAGGACUUUAUAAAAAAAAAAAUAAUAACAACAGCAGGAUUGCAAUUUCUCAGGUUUUCAGUCAGUCCGUUCUAAUCCACUCUCAGGGCCGUGCGAGAGCUGGACAUGGAGUCAUGUACGCGGUGGCAUUUGGAGUGAGGAAAGAGCCAGAAAGUUAAUAGAAAUAAAGAAAUUUUCUAAAUAGUUCAAAAGCCACUGCAGAAUAUAAUGACACAAUUUCAGUGCAAAUCGUAAUGUAUUAUAAAAACUCAUAUCAGGAAACCCCACAUUUCAGUACAACACAAUGGUAUGGCUUUCAUUUCACUCCAAGAACAAUGUAAAAUAAUAUUAUGAAUAUUCACUCAAUACAAUUAAUUACUUCACUGUUGUCAAAAGCAAAAAAAUGAAAGGGAACAGCAAAAGCACUCCAUCCUCUUCUGCUAGAGUCAGUUUGUCCUGUCUAAAGAGAUCUUAUCUCCUAAAUGCUCAUAUACAGUGCAUCCGGAAAGUAUUCACAGUGCUUCACUUUUUCCACAUUCUGUUAUGUUACAGCCUUAUUCCAGUAUGGAUUAAAUUCAUUAUUUUCCUCAAAAUUCUACAAACAAUACCCCAUAAUGACAACGUGAACGAAGUUUGUUUGAAAUCUUUGCCAAUUUAUUAAAAAUAAAAAAACAAAAAAAGCACAUGUACAUAAGUAUUCACAGCCUUUGCCAUGACACUCAAAAUUGAGCUCAGGUGCAUCCUGUUUCCACUGAUCAUCCUUGAGAUGUUUCUACAACUUGAUUGGAGUCCACCUGUGGUAAAUUCAGUUGAUUGGACAUGAUUUGGAAAGGCACACACCUGUCUAUAUAAGGUCCCACAGUUAACAAUGCAUGUCAGAGCACAAACCAAGCCAUGAAGUCCAAAGAACUGUCUGUAGACCUCCGAGACAGGAUUGUACUGAGGCACAGAUCUGGGGAAGGGUACAGAAACAUGUCUGCAGCAUUGAAGGUCCCAAUGAGCACAGUGGCCUCCAUCAUCCGUAAAUGGAAGAAGUUUGGAACCACCAGGACUCUUCCUAGAGCUGGCCGCCCGGCCAAACUGAGUGAUCAGGGGAGAAGGGCCUCAGUCAGGGAGGUGGCCAAAAACCUGAUGGUCACUCCAGCAUGUCUCUGUGGAGGGAGGAGAACCUUCCAGAAGAACAACCAUCUUUGCAGCACUCCACCAAUCAGGCCUGUAUGGUAGAGUGGCCAGAUGGAAGCACUACCUCAGCAAAAGGCAUAUGACAGCCCGCCUGGAGUUUGCCAAAAGGCACCUGAAGAACUCUCAGACCAUGAUGAAACAAAAUUCUCUGGUCUGAUGAAACAAAGAUUGAACGCUUUGGCAAGCGUCACGCCUGGAGGAAACCAGGCACCACUCAAUACCUGGCCAAUACCAUCCCUACAGUGAAGCAUGGUGGUGGCAGCAUCAUGCUGUGGGGAUGUUUUUCAGCGGCAGGAACUGGGAGACUAGUCAGGAUCGAGGAAAAGAUGAAUGCAGCAAUGUACAGAGAUAUCCUUGAUGAAAACCUGCUCCAGAGCACUCUGGACCUCAGAC